AUGGUCGCUGCAGCCGUCCAAAGUAGGCUUCCUCGUACAGGGAUCGCGACUCUCCUGGCAUCACUCGAUACACCAGGAGAGAUACAGCUACCUGAUGGCUCAAUUGUGGCUAUUGGGUCGGGCGAUCCAGUAUACCGGGUCAUCUUUCGCUCAAAGCGUGCGUUGAGGACCCCAAUGACUGAAAUUGGGAUCGGCCAGGCCUACCUGAAUGGCGAAAUUCAGGUACAGGGGGAUUUUGCCGCCCUGUUCGAUGCACGACAGAAGCUACCGGAUAAGGUACCAUUGCGGCAGAAGUUUCAAUUUGUGUAUGACUUUCUGCGCACUUCGACCAAGAUGAAUGCCGAAGCUGUUGGAGAUCACUAUAGCCUUGGGGAUGACUUUUAUCUCAGUUUUUUGGAUAAACGGUUCAAGCUUUAUACCCAGGGGUUAUUCAAGAACCCGGAAGAUACGCUGGAGGAGGCAUCGGAGCGGAAACUGGAGACCAUGUUCACUGCCCUAGAUCUCAAGCCGGGUAUGAGAAUACUGGACAUCGGGGGUGGAUGGGGUUGCGUGACCCAGUACUGCGGAGAGCGAGGUGUGCAUGUAACCACUCUCACUCUCACACACGACAGUGCUCGCUUCAUUGCACGCAUUCUGGAUUUGAAUGACUAUUCCGGCCAAGUUUACCUGCAAGAUUUCCUUGAGCACAACCCCGAAGAGCCAUAUGACCAUGUUGUCAAUUUCGGUGUGAUCGAGCAUAUCCCAAACUAUCGCAGGUUUGCAGCCAAAGUGUGGGAGGUUCUCAAGCCCGGUGGUCGAAUGUAUCUCGAUGGUUCUGCGGCCGUGGAGAAAUUUGCUGUAAGCUCGUUCACGCGGAAUUAUAUCUGGCGUGGGACGCAUACCUUCAUGACUCUUCAGGAUGUUCUGGCGGAGCUCUUGUUUCAUGGAUUCUCGAUCUUAGAUGUUGCUAAUGAGACCCGGGAUUAUGAGCUGACAAUGUUGGAGUGGGCUAAGCGGUUUGAGUCUGCUAAAGACGAUAUCAUCGCUGGUUGGGGUGAACACAACUAUCGUGUCUUCCGAUUAUUCCUGUGGGGUGGAACACAUGCUUUCAAAACCAAUGCGUUGCAGGCUUAUCAUGUGGUUGCUGAGAGGACUUCGUCGCCGGGCCCGCGCCCUUCUAUUCCUCGUCGUUUCCGACAGUUCUUGGGAAACUUGCGCUAA